AUGCCCUCGUGGGCUCUCUUCACAGUCACCUCCUGCCUCCUCCUGGCUCCCCAAAACCUGGCGCAAGUCACCAGUCAAGAUGUCUCCUUGCUGGCUGUGGACUCGGAGCUCCUGAACUGUUUCUCCCAAACAUUUGAGGAUCUCACUUGCUUCUGGGAUGAGGAAGAGGCAGCACCCAACAUCACCUACCAGCUACUAUAUGCCUACCCAGGGGAGAAGCCCCGAGCCUGCCCCCUGAUUUCCCAGAGUGUGCCCCCUUUUGGAAGGCGAUAUGUGUGCAAGUUUCCAGCCCAGGAUGAAGUACGCCUCUUUUUCCCACUGCGCCUUUGGGUGAAGAAUGUGUUCCUGAACCAGAAUCUGACCCAGCGGGUGCUCUUUGUGGAUAGUGUGGGCCUACCAGCUCCCCCAAGUAACAUCAAGGCCAGGGGCGGGAGCCAGCCAGGGGAACUUCAGAUCAGUUGGGAGGCCCCAGCUCCUGGGAUCAGUGAUUUCCUGAGACAUGAGCUCCGCUAUGGCCUUAAGGACCCCAGGAACUCCACUGGAUCUACAGUCAUGCAGCUGCUCUCCGCAGAAACCUGUUGCCCAGCUCUGCAGAGACCAAACCCCGCACUAGCUCUGGAACAACCCCCAUGUGCUUGGUCAACAAUAUUCCAACAGGAUGGAUCAGAGCUGACCUCUCCGACUAGAGAAGCUCUGUCUCUGACAAUGAUGAGUGGAAGCUGCCUCAUUUCAGGGCUUCAGCCUGGUAACUCCUACUGGCUCCAACUUCGUAGUCAGCCUGAUGGGGUCUCCCUCCACGGUUCUUGGGGAUCCUGGUCCUUCCCUGUGACUGUAGACCUGCCCAAGCAUGCAGUGGAAAUUGGACUGCGAUGCUUCACAUUGGACCUGAAGAAUGUUACUUGUCAGUGGCAGCCACAGGCCUAUGCUAGCUCCCAAGCCUUCUUCUACCACAGCAGGGCUCGAUGUUGCCCCAGUGACAGGGACCCUAUCUGGGAGAAGUGUGAAGAAAAGAAAACAAAGCCCGGACAGCAGCCUCCCCAGUUCUCUCACUGCCACUUCAAGUCACGAAAUGACAGUGUCAUUCACAUUCUUGUGGAGGUGAUCACAGCCCAGGGUGCUACUCACAGCUAUCUGGGCUCCCCUUUCUGGAUCCACCAGGCUGUGCUCAUCCCUACCCCAAACUUUCAAUGGAGAGAGGUCUCCAGUGGGCAACUGGAGUUGGAGUGGCAGCACCCAUCAGCCUGGGCAGCCAAAGAGACCUGCUAUCAGCUCCGAUACACUGCAGAAGGCCAUCAGGACUGGAAGGUACUGGAAUCCUCUCUAGGGGCCCAAGGUGAAACUUUGGAACUACGCCCGAGAUCUCGCUACCGGUUACAGCUGCGCGCCAGGUUGAAUGGCCCCACCUACCAAGGCCCCUGGAGUGCCUGGUCUGGCCUGGUGAGGGUGGAGACUGCCUCGGAGACAGCCUGGAUCUCCUUGGUGACCGCUCUGCUUCUGGUGUUGGGGCUCAGCGCCCUGCUAGGCCUCCUUCUGCUGAGGUGGCAGUUUCCUGCGCAAUACAGGAGCCUGAGGCAUGCCCUGUGGCCCUCACUUCCAGAUCUACACAGGGUCCUAGGCCAGUACCUUAGAGAGACCGCAGCCCUGAGUUCACCCAAGACCGAAGUCACAGAUGCUUAUGAAGAAGUGGAGCCCAGCAUCCUUGAAAUUCUACCCAAGUCUUCAGAGAGGACUCCCAUACCCAUUUGUUCCUCCCAGGUCCAGAUGGACUACCGAGGGCUGCAGCCUUCUUGUCUUGGAACCAUGCCCUUGUCUGUGCCCCCAACCAUGGCUGAACCAGGGUCCUGCUGUACCACCCACAUUGCCAACCAUUCCUACUUACCACUAAGCUGUUGGCAGCAGCCCUAA